AUGGCAACUCACGCGACUUACCCCAGUCUACGGGAUAAGACCGUGCUCAUUACAGGCGGCGCAGAAGGCAUUGGCGCUGCUACAGUGGAGCUGUUCACGCUACAGGGCAGCCAGGUCAUCUUCAUCGACAUCGCUGAGGACUCAGCGAAAAAGACAAUUGACCGUGCUGUAUCGCGCGCCAAAGACGCCAAUGUGCAAGCCAAAGCACCGAUCUUCUACGAUUGCAGCGUUUCACAUUUACCAAUGCUGCAAUACACGGUCAAGAGAAUCCAAGAUAAACAUGGGAUGAUACAUAUCUUGGUCAACAACGCUGCGGCUGCUGGAAACAGAGCCAGGCUUGAGACAGAAAAUGUCAGACCUGAAGAUUGGGAAGUAAACAUCAACACCAAUCUCCGACAUGUUUUCUUCAUGAGCCAAGCUGUUCUUCCGGCGAUGAGAGAGGCGCAGAGUGGGAGCAUCAUCAAUCUUGGGUCAAUCACCUGGCGAAUCCCCGCUCAAGGAACACCGGUCUACGGCGCAUGCAAGGCGGGAAUCAUGGGUCUUACGCGUACUCAGAGUAAAGAAUAUGGCAAGUACAACAUUCGCAUCAACAGUGUUAUGCCUGGUGCCAUCGCGACGCAGCGACAGAGGGAUGAGGUUCUCACGCCCGAGUAUCGCGAGGAAGUUAUGCGCGGCCAGAGUUUGCAGCGAGAUCUAGAGCCGGAGGAAGUAGCUAAGAAACCCCUAAACAUGGAACCGUGGCACCACACAGCGACACAAAUCCUGGAGAACAUCCGCUCCGGUAAUCUCACAGCUGAGCAGUAUGCUUCAUCGCUACUUGAGCGGAUCAAGCAAAGAGAUGAUGAUGUCAAAGCUUGGGCGUAUCUUGGCCCAAAGGCUGUUUUGGAGCAGGCCAGAAAAUUAGAUCAAGUUCCAAAGGAUCAGCGAGGACCAUUGCAUGGCCUUCCUGUUGGGAUCAAGGACAUCAUAUUGACCAAAGAUAUGCCGACUGAACAUGGUUCAACCAUCUAUAAGAACGAUCACCCCGUAAUCGACGCUGGGUCGGUCAUGAUUCUCCGUCAAGCAGGAUGUCUCAUCUUCGGUAAAACUACAACAACUGAGUUCGCCGCAUCCUUCACCGGUCCAGCUACUCGCAAUGCACAUAGUACCUCCCAUACGCCAGGAGGCUCCUCAGCUGGUUCAGCCGCCGCAGUAGCAGACUUUCAGAUCCCCGUCGCUCUUGGUUCACAGACCGUAGGUUCCAUUGUUCGACCAGCUGCAUUCAACGGCAUCUACGGCUUCAAGCCUACAUGGGGAGCUAUCACAAGAGAAGGACAGAAGUUCUGUGCCCCGACUGUUGACACGAUUGGCUUCUUUUCCCGCAGCGUUUCCGACUUUGGGAUCCUAGCUGACGUGUUUGCUCUGCACGAUGAUGAGAAAAGCACGUUUAAAGAUAUCAAAGGCUCGAAAUUUGCUGUAUGUAGGACAUCGAAGUGGGACUUAGCUGGAGACGGCACGAUCGCUGCUAUGGAUAAAGCUGUAGAGCUUCUCAAAGCACAUGGCGCCGAAGUUGAAGAGCUUGAUCUUGGCCCAGACUUCGACCAGGUCAUUGACUGGCACUUGACCCUUGUACGCCUCGAGGGUGCAACAAGUCUAUGGCCAGAGUAUUACCAAGACAAAGAUAAGCUUGAUCCAGUCUUGGCGAAAGGUGUUCAAGAGAAGCACAAAAUCUCACGAAAGGCCCAACUCGAUGCUUAUGACGGGCUUGCAGCUCUACGACCGCGGUUCGAUGAGCUGGCAGAUGACUAUGUCGCUGUGCUGGUUCCGAGUGUCUUUGACGAAGCUCCCGAAGGCCUUGGGAACACAGGAAGCCCUAUUUUUGCCGCGACUUGGACGGCGUUACAUACGCCAGUGGUCAAUAUCCCAGGUUUUUGUGGGAAGAGUAACUUGCCUGUUGGUGUUUCUCUUGUGUCUGCGAGACUUCGUGAUCGUCACCUCCUCAAGGUGAGCCAGGCUGUUGGUCAAAUCUUCGAGACUGAGGGUGGGUGGAAUAAAUAG